AUGCUGUGCGGGUUUUGUCAAAAACAUAAACACACAAGAUGGCGGAAGAAGAAGGAAAAUGUGGCUAAAAAUACCAUCCUUUAUCCGCUUCUAGCAUGCGGUAGCUUUCUAUUGCCCACAACAACUUUGAAGGACAAGGAGUGCGUGAUCUGUUGUCAUUUAGAUGUCUCAUCAACAGUGUAUAAUAAGAGUGACGUUGCUAUGCCAACAGAUGGUCUAGCUCAGCACAUGGACAAGGAUGAUUGUGCUUUGCAAAACCUAAAUCUUAGCAAUUGCUGUUUGGGAAACCAAGACAUGGAACCUCUGACAGACAGGCAUUGUUUUAAAGAUGUUCUCCAAACACUGGACCUUAGUUGUAAUUAUAUUGAGAACGAUGCUACUGAUCUUCUUAGCAGGCUGGUAAGCCAUAGCCAGACCCUUAUCAAUCUCAGCAUCAGUGGCAACCCUGGCAUUGAUAGUGGUUUUCUCCAGUUAUUCCUGGAUGCUCAUAGGACAAGCUCGUCUGCAAUACAUCAAUCUAUGAGCCUGUAACAUUAAUUCACCAAUAUCAAACGAAAUUUUAGGACUAUUGUGAAACCAUUCUACAGACAAUUUAAUGGAGUUAAACUUCUCAUUCUGCCCUUUAAAUCAAACUGACAAAUUGUGCAUUGCCGAGACAUGGAAAAAGGAUGCUGGAGGCGCUGAUGAAAGGGAGGCAAUGGUACAAGACUGUUUGUGCAUCUUCAGGGCCGUAGCCACCAAUUUCUGAUUGGUCCGGUUUUUGAGGGUUUUCAGUUUUUCUUAUACUUUUUUAUUAUUUUUAUUAUUUUUCUUAUCUUUUGUUUCCCGAAAGUUGGUCCGGUUGAAACCGGACCAACGUACCGUGCCGGUGGCUACGGCCCAGAUCUUGGGACUGCACAGCAAUAGGACAUUGAAUUAAAAGGCUGCAUGUUAAGUUUUAUGUUCAACAGUUGCAUAGUGAUGCUUAAGGGGAGAGGGACUGGAAAGGAGUUAAACAAAGGAAAGUUUUUGAAUAUUAAUUAGGGAGGGUAAUACAUGUAUCAAGUGUUCCAKCAUGGUUCCAUCAUCACAGGUUGUAAACAUUGCUAUAUCUUAAUUGUAUUUUUCUUAUCAAGCACAAUUUUCAUAAAGUAUUCAAGAGCAAGUAGCGUAAAGCUAAUUCCAAAUCAAGUCUACCAAAAUAUAGCAAUUUUUACAACCUAUGGUCCCACUUGUUGACCCUUUGAGCAUGUGCCUAGAGCAGUAGCACAGAACUCUUGAUGCGUAUAUAGCAAAAACAGUCUCCUCCGAGUCCUCCUCCCCUUCCUCCUUGAUUCCCACCCAAAGGCACUCCUUCGCAGCCUAACAACAAUGUUAAAGAACAAAUCCUUGAAAGCCUUUUAUAGUUCAUAAUUGUUGAAACAAUCCACGGUUUACAUAGAAACUUGUUUGACUAUGAGGUUGUUCCUUAAAAAUAAUGAUGACGAUGAUGAUCAUAAUAAUUAUUAAUGAUAAAAAUUAACUUUGUUUAUAGAGUAUGACGCUUGACUGUAAUUCAACUGAUAAACUUGUGGUCAACUUUUAAUGUCUCUAGUUUAUAAGGGGUGGGACAGCCAUUCAUGUUGUCAUCCAAACCUUGUGAAAGUGUAACCAUUAGCAGAUGUAUCAAGAAUAAUGAUAUGAAAUUAUAAAUAAGUUGGAAAGAUUAUUGUUAUCAAUGACAAAAGCUAUGAUGAUGAUAACUUUGAUAGAUAUAGAAAGCCAAAGUGGCAUGGGACACAGAGUGGUUUAGCACCACCUCUCACCGCUGUGGUCUGAUCAAGCAUGGUCUGAGACUGGAUCAUACAUGAGUUGAGUUUGUUUGAUGUGUUGUCCUCUUCUGUGCUGCGAUGGUUUUUCGAUUUGUAUUAUUACACAGCUUUUCUUUGCAUGAUUUUACACAAGCAUUACCUUGCAAUCGGUGUCUAAGGGUACAUUCUUCCCAUUCAAGCACAAGAUUUUAGGUUUUGCUCUGUGUUUCACUCCUUUCAUUCCCAAGUCCAUCUCAUUCCAGAGGAAUUAUACAGGAAAACAAAUGCGAAGGAUUAAUAAAGUGUUGCAGUGUGUUCUUGGUU